UUCUAUGAGCGGCUGAGCGGCCUUGGGGUCGUUGCCGGCGCCGCCAUCAUUAACUCUUUGUCACCGCGGUCAGGGAGACAUGUCUGAGUCGCCUGACGCCCGCAGCCUACUGUCCUCGUCUUCCCAGCUAAACCUGACCGACAUUGACGGGAUUGACGACAAGGAGUUUGAUAUUCCCCAGGUUGAUACUCCACCUACUCUCGAAAGCAUACUCAAUGAGGCAGAAGAUGAAGAAGAAUUGUUUAUAUUGGAGGACCCGGCAUUGCUGAAUACCGAUAACAUUGAUGCACACUCGAUUGAGACCUCGUCUCUUGCCAGCUCAGAUAGUGGGGACCGAACGCACUUAAGACGAAGGAAAAAAGUGACAGAGGCCACCUCAUCCAUUCAUGGUUCAGUGGUUCGGCAAUCAAUUCUUAAAGGAGUUUCUGCACAGAUUGUGUCUGCCGCAGACAGAGUCGAUGCAGGUUUACCCACUGCUGUUGUUGUGUCGAAUGUAAUAGCAGUGGGAACAUCACAUGGAUUGGCACUCAUAUUUGGAAAAGAUCCGAACCAGGCACUGCGGCUGUGCCUGGGCAGCACAUCAGUAGGCGCUCAAUAUGGAGCGGUGUCUGCACUUAGCAUUAACAGUGACUGCACUCGGCUACUCUGUGGGUUCGCCAAAGGGCAGAUUACUAUGUGGGACCUGGCGAAUGGCAAGCUGUUGAGGACAAUAAUGGAUGCCCACCCACCAGGAACAGCUAUCCUGCACAUAAAGUUCACCGAUGACCCAACAGUAGCCAUAUGUAAUGACAGUGGAGGCUCGGUGUUUGAACUCACUUUCAAGAGAGUGAUGGGAACGAGGACGUGUGAGUCUCGCUGUUUGUUCAGCGGAGCCAAAGGAGAGGUUUGCUGCAUUCAACCCUUACUAGUAAAGGCAGAGCUGAGAGAUCAUCCGAUUACACAAUAUGGACUAUUGGCAAUGGCUUCUUUAACAAAGGUAUUGGUGAUUGGAUUGAAGCCCUCUCUUAAAGUCUGGCUGACAUUUCCAUAUGGAAAGACAAAUCCAGCAAGCGUUCCCCUUUUAUCCUGGCAUUUCAUUGCAGUGCAGAACGCAGUGACUCCCAUGCUCGCCUUUUGUAGAGGAGGCACCAUCCACUUUCUUCUGGUAAAGAAGGAUGAAUCUGGAGCUGUACACGUGAGCAAACAGAAACAACUGCAUCUGAGCUAUGAACUGAUCAAUUUAACGUGGAUCAAUUCUCGGACGUUAGCUCUUCUGGAUAGUGCAGAGAAGUUGCACGUGGUGGAUCGUCACAGUCAGGAGGAGCUGGAGAUGGUGGACAUGGCAGAAGUUCAGCUUGUCUACAACAGCAGCCACUUCAAGUCUCUGGCUACUGGUGGGAAUGUCAGCCAGGCUCUGGCACUGGUCGGAGAAAAGGCAUGUUACCAGUCAGUCGGCAGUUACGGAGCACAAAUCAUCUAUCUGGGAACUAAGUCCGUUCACAUUAUUACUCUGAGGACCUGGCGAGAGAGGAUGGAUUGCCUUUUGAAACAGGAGAGAUUCACCGAGGUGCUGGCUCUGGCCUGGUCCUUCCAUGAGGGAAAAGCCAAGGCAGUAGUUGGGUUGUUCGGAGACCAGAGCAAGCGACAGGGUGUCAUAGCUGACCGGAUGGUAGAAAUUCUGAUUCAGUUUGCAGACCGAGCUCUGAGGAAGUGUCCUGAUCAGGGCAAAAUUCAGGUCAUGGAGCAGCAUUUCCAGGACAUGGUGCCUGUCAUGGUUGAUUAUUGUCUUCUGCUCGAUCGCACAGAUCUUCUAUUCGGCCAGAUCUACAGUAAAUUGAGCGAGAUCUCAGUGGCGAAGGGAGUAUUCAUUGAGUGCCUGGAGCCCUACGUUUUGACUGACAAGCUAACCAGCAUCACACCUCAGGUGAUGAAGGAUAUGCUCAUUCACUUUCAGGACAAGGGCAUGAUGGAGACUAUUGAGGCCUGCAUAGUGCACAUGGAUGUGACUAGCUUAGAUAUUCAGCAGGUGGUCGGGAUGUGCUGGGAACACCACCUGCACGAUGCCAUGAUCUACGUGUACAACAGAGGAAUGAAUGACUACAUCAUGCCAAUGGAGAAAUUGUUCCAGAUUAUUGGACCCUCUCUCAGGGCUGGUAAAUCACUCUCAGGUAUAAAGCUCAUCGCUUCCAGUUGGUUUGAUGAACAAGUGAUCAUGGGCAAUAAAUUGCUGGUGUAUAUUAGCUGCUGCCUUGCUGGCCGAGCCUACCCUCUGGGUAAUAUUCCUGAGGACCUGGUACCACUGGUCAAGAAUCAGGUGUUUGAAUUUCUGAUCCGCUUACACUCCACUGAAGUAGCUCCUGACGAGGAGAUCUACCCUCAUAUCCGAACACUCCUUCACUUCGAUACCCGGGAGUUCCUCAAUGUAUUGGCCCUGACCUUUGAAAACUUUCAGAGUGACAAGCAAGCAGUGGAGCAUCAACAGAGGAUUGUGGACAUCCUGCUGAAGGUGAUGGUGGAGAAUUCAGACUUCACUCCGUCGCAGGUUGGGUGUCUCUUCACCUUCCUGGCCCGGCAGCUGGCAAAGCCCGACAAUACACUUUUUGUCAACCGGAAGCUUUUUGACCAGGUACUUGAAUUUUUGUGUAGCCCUGAUGAUGAGUCUCGACAUGCUGAAAGGCAACAGGUCCUUCUGGAGCUGCUUCAGGCUGGUGGUGUUGUGCAAUUUGAUGAGAACAGGCUGGUCACUAUGGCUGAGAAAGCUGCAUUUUACCAAGUGUGUGAGUUUAUGUAUGAAAAGCAGCAACUGUACGACAAGAUUAUUUUCUGCUACUUGAACGACCCAGUCAGGAAGGAGGAAAUUUUCAAUUACGUGCACAAUAUGUUAUCCAUACCUGGGUACAGUGCUGAGGACAAAGCGUCAGUGUGGAGUAAAACCAUAGAACACAGCAAGGACCUGGUGGCUAUAAAUCCUUCAAAAGCGGCAGAACUGGUUGCAACCCAUUUCACUACAGAGCUCGGGUCCAUCCUGGAGAAGUUAGAGGAUCAACAUUUACUCUUUUUAUUACUGCAGAAUCUACUAAAUCCUACGGAUGGAGGGCAGGUGAAUCGCGAGCUGCAAAGGAAUCCCCAAAUCCAUGAGAAGUACAUUGACCUCUUGUGCCAGUUCCAACCAGAUCGCAUCCCAGAUUUCCUGAGGUUAUCAGAGCAUUACCGGCUAGAAGAAGCCACUCAGAUUACAAAGAGACAUCAGCUUCAUGAAGCCACAGCCUACCUGCUGGAAAAGAAGGGAGAUGUGCAUGGAGCUUUUCAAGUCUUGCUGGAGAUUUUGAAGCGUAAGCUGUCUUUACUUACAGAGAAUGAAGGAGAGCACAGUGAAGAGCUGGUACAAGCUACAGAAAGCACGUUGGAGGAAACCAUUGGUUUGUGUCAACGAAAUUCACACAGCCUGAAUCAGCAGCAGCGAGAGGCCCUAUGGUUUCCCUUGCUCGAGGCUGUUAUGUCAACGCAAAAACUAUUGAAAGAUGGAUCAUCCAGCCCAGCCUUCGAAUCUUUGAAGCACUUGACAAAGCAAGUUCUGAACAGCAUGACAGGAUUCAUAGCGCUUCCAUCCAUCUUGCAACGAAUUUUACAGGAUCCAAUGUACGGGAAAGGGAAACUGGGAGAAAUCCAGGGCCUAAUACUGGGAAUGUUGGACACGUUCAAUUAUGAACAGACGCUGCUGGAGACCACAACCAACCUCCUGAACCAUGAUCUGCACUGGUCGCUCUCCAACCUGCGUGCUGCUGUCAGCCGGGGCCUGAACCCCAAACAAGAGCACUGCGGCAUCUGUCUGCAGCAGUACAAGAGGAGGCAGGAGGGCACAGAGGAGGUCAUCGUGUUCAGCUGUGGCCAUAUCUACCAUUCGCAGUGUCUCCACAACAAGAACUGCGGCGUGCAGACCGAUGGCCAGACCAGAUGGUUAUGCUACAAGUGUAACUCUAGUAACAAAGGAGGACGACACAGAGACAUGGGGUCAGAAGUUAACAGGGGCAGAAGCACUUCCCUUGCACAGAUUAAAGUGACUUCUGCCUAUUACUCCACCAGCCGGGAUUCCGAUAAUAAAAAGCCCACAGAGAUGACUCUGGACCUGCAGCAACUACAAGCCUUCGAUGAGCUCCGCCGCCUGUACAGAGGCCCCUCCAGGCUUGCAAUUCUGACCGAACUCUCCCGGAACCGAGGCGGCAACAAGCAGGGGCUGCUCCACGCCACCUCCACCCACUCCAUCACCAACAGCAUCUUUCAGAACGAGAACUUCCAGCUUCGUCUCUCCCCCCCUCCCCUCGCCGAGGAGUAAACGCAGCCCUUUUCACCCAGGAAACAGACUGCAAACUAUGAACAUAGGAAGCAGUUUGCUUCGUAACUUAAAAGCAACUUAAAAGUAAUAAUUAUUCUUACCAAUGUUAUCUGCUCUUAAAUAAUAAACUGUGCCCAGUGU